AUGACUACAAUAGUAGCACCUCCAAUAAAAUCAAUUACUUCAAUCGAUAAUGAUGAUAACGUUGAUGGUGUUAUUGAAAAGUCAGUCAAAAAACCAGUAUCUUUAACAUUUGAUCAAAUCAUUGAUAGAUUUUAUAAACAUAUUUUAACAUGGGAUGCAUCAGAUUUAUCACCAAAGGAAAAAGAAUUAAAACCAGUAAAAGUAUCAUUUAAUAAUGAAGAGGAUUAUAUAACAACCUAUGAACCAUUGCUUUUUGAAGAAUGUAGAGCACAACUUGAAAGAUCAAUUGAAGAAGGUGAAAAAGAUGAUACAUCAGAACCUACUUUAUCAAGAGUACGUUAUAUUUCAGAAGUAAAUGAUUUUUUGGUUGUUGGAUUAGUAAUGGCAGAAAAUGUAAAUAUAUUUCAAUUUCAUGAUAAUGAUUUAAUUAUGAUAUCACUUCAUCAUCCUUUAAUUGUUUUUGGUAUGGAUGAAGAUGAAGAAAUGACUGAUGAUGAAGAUACUGCACCAACUUCUGCUGCAACUCAUGUUGGUGCACCAACAAAAUCAACUACUACAACUACAACAACUACAACAACAACUACUACUACAACUACUACAGCAACUACAAAUAUAAUUGAUGAUCCAAAUAAAACAACAGAAGAUAUAAAGAAAAAGAAAAAGGUUAUUCCACCAUCAAAAACACCAAUAACAGAACAAAAUAGAACUUUACAUUUAAUUGGUACAGUUGAACAUUUAGAUAAUGGUGGUAUAAAGGUUAAAUUCUAUGUAAAAGGUAUUAAAGGUGAUCGUGCAAGACAAGUUAGUUUAUUAUUACGUUAUGAAAUUGAUUGGUGGACAACUAAAUUAUGUAAUCUUUCAACAUUGCAAAGAGAGUUUGCUGCAUUGUAUCAAUGUUCACAAUCAAAUUUUAUGAAGACACUUAUGAUGAGAGAUGAUGAUGGUGAGGAUGGUAUAGUAAUGAAGAUUCCACCAUUGUUACAUGAUCAAUUCUCUUCAACCUAUAAUGACAGUCAAUUGAAUGCACUCACCAGUGCAUUGGAAGGUAAUGCAAUCACAUUGAUUCAAGGUCCACCUGGUACGGGUAAAACCCAUGUAAUUCUCGGUCUCAUUAGUGUAUUACUUCAUUCAACAAUUGUUCCAAAGGUUAAAAGUGGUGGUAAUAAUUUAGGUGAUCAUUUACUAAAGGACAGAGAAUUAAGUAUGGCAGAGAAGCGUGACCUAUGGAAUAUUUCACAACCAUGGUUCAAUAAGGAAUUCCCUCACAUUAGAGAUAAUUAUGAAUUGAUUGAUUACGAUUUCGAAGAACGUGAUCAAAAGAGAAAGAGAGAUCUUUGGAGAAAACUUAGAGAUACAGGUUCAGUGAAGGGUGGCUCAACCAAACGUAGAAUCUUACUAUGUGCACCAAGUAAUGGUGCUGUCGAUGAAAUUGUCUCUCGUUUAAUUCGUGAUGGACUUUUGAAUGCCGAUGGAAGAAAGUACAAUCCAAAUUUGGUUCGUGUUGGUCCUGGUUCACAUAGCGAUGUGGAGAGUGUUUCAUUGGAUUAUAUGGUUAGAUGUCGUCAACAAUUAAUGAACUCAAAUUCUGCUAUACCUUCUUCAUCCGCUUCGACAGCCGCUGCAACAAGUGGUUCAAGUCGUUCCACUCAAGAUACUUCCUCGAUUAGAACGUUGGUUUUGGAUGAAGCUGAUAUUGUCGCCACAACAUUAUCAUUUAGUGGUGCAUCAUUGUUGACAAAGAUGGCAGGUGGUUUCGAUAUUGUAAUCAUUGAUGAGGCUGCACAAGCCGUAGAAACCUCGACAUUAAUUCCCAUUCAACAUGGUUGUAAAAAGGUGGUGUUGGUUGGUGAUCCAAAACAAUUGCCUGCCACUAUUAUCUCGCCAUUGGCUAUCAAGUAUAAAUAUGAUCAAUCGUUAUUCCAACGUUUACAAGAGAAGAAUUCACCACAUAUGUUGACCACACAAUAUCGUAUGCAUUCAUUGAUUCGUGCAUUCCCCUCACGUCAUUUCUAUCAAGAUCUCUUAUUGGAUGGUCCAAACAUUCCAUCAAGAGCUACACACUAUCAUUCAAAUCCUUUCUUUGGUCCAUUGGUAUUCUAUGAUCUAUCAUGGAGUACUGAAACCAAACCCGGUGGUGGUUCAGUUUUCAAUGAGCAUGAAUGUAAGAUGGCUAUGUAUCUAUUCCAAUUGUUUACCAAAGUUUAUCCUGAUGAAGAUUUUGCAAGUCGUAUUGGUAUCAUUUCACCAUAUCGUCAACAGGUUUUAGCAUUACGUGAAAUCUUUAAAAACUAUCCUGGUAUCUCUAUUGAUACCGUAGAUGGUUUCCAAGGUAGAGAGAGAGAAAUCAUCAUUUUCAGUUGUGUUAGAGCACCAGUUGAAGAGGGUGCAGGUAUUGGUUUUCUUUCAGAUGUUCGUCGUAUGAAUGUAGCUUUAACACGUCCAAGAUCAUCUCUAUUGAUCCUUGGUAAUACUAAAGCAUUAAGUAUCAACAAAGAUUGGAAUGAAUUAAUUCAACAUACUCAAAACAAUCAACAAUUAAUUCCUGUUACCAAAGAUCAACCAUUAGAAAUUAUCAUACCAACUUUUACAACUCGUGAAUUAUUUACCGAACUCUCUGAAAAAGGUCAACAAAUUGUAAUUCCAAAACCAAGAACUGAAGAAGAAAUUAAUCUUCAAAAACAAAAAGAUAUUGAAAAAAGAAAGAAACAACAUAAAAGACAAAAACAAAAAUCAAAAGAAAAUGAUAAAAAGAAACAAUUAAAAAAAAGAAAAGAAUUAAAUAAUAAUGAUAAUAAUAAUAAUAAUAAAGAAAGUAGUAAUAAAGAAGUUCAAGAAAUUACUAAUGCAGAAGUUGUUAAAGACACUGAAAUAAAUAAUACUAAAAGGGCUAGAACAAGAAGAUAA